AUUCCCGCUCCUCCUACAGUGUGGAGUAUUUAAAGCGGCGCAGCGGAGCGGCGCGUCAGUCCAUCUGGACGCAGAGGAGACAGAAAGAUCUGGUCUGAGUUCAGAGAGGGGUGGGGGAGGGACAGAGGAACCGGAUCAGGAUCUUCCGCUCAUCACAAUCUCACCGGAUUAUUCGCUCACACUUUAAUUUCUCGCGCCGCCGGUGCCGCUGCUGCGGCGGAGGAUGGAGCAGAGCGCGGCGGGCGGACUCCUCCGCAGCGCGCCGGCGCGUCGCUGCAGGACGCCUCUCCUACAGUAGGUGCAGUCCGAGUCCAGGACCAUCAGCAUGUGAAGUCCGCUCAGCUUCAUUUUGUCUUUCUUUUCUUCAAAGAGAGUUUGGCGCGCUGCGCGUAAAGCCCGAGCAGAACUCUUUGACGCACAGCUGGAGCAGCGCGACCGACGUCGCGGCGACAUGUUCUCGGAGGUGAGCGACAUCAACCUAACGUCCAACCUGAGCGAGCCGCUGGCCUCUCUGGAACAGGACUGGAGCGACACGCCGCACGUGCGGCUGUCGCGCAGCGGUCACCGCGUGGUGUCGGUGUUUCUUGGCUCCAUCAUGGUGUUCGGCUUCCUCAACAACCUGCUGGUCCUGGUUCUGUUCUGCAAGUUCAAGACUCUGCGAACUCCCGUCAACAUGCUGCUGCUCAACAUUAGCGUCAGCGACAUGCUGGUCUGCGUCUGCGGCACGACGCUCAGCUUCGCCUCCAGCCUGAGGACGCGCUGGUUGUACGGCCGACACGGCUGCAUGUGGUACGGCUUCAUCAACUCCUGCUUCGGUAUCGUGUCUUUGAUCUCUCUGUCCGUCCUGUCCUACGACCGCUACAGCACCCUGAUGGUGUACAACAAGCGGGCCCCGGACUAUAGGCGGCCCCUGCUGGCAGUGGGGGGGUCGUGGCUGUACUCGGUGGUGUGGACGGUGCCCCCCCUGCUGGGCUGGAGCAGCUACGGUCUGGAGGGGGCGGGGACCAGCUGCUCGGUGACGUGGACGGAGAGGACGUCUCGCUCUCACUCCUACAUCGUCUGUCUGUUCGUCUUCUGCCUCGGCUUGCCCGUCCUCGUCAUGGUGUACUGCUAUGGACGCCUGCUCCACGCCGUCAAACAGGUGGGUCGUAUCAGGCGGACGGCGGCUCGUCGCAGAGAGUUUCACAUUCUGUUCAUGGUCAUCACCACGGUGGUGUGUUACCUGCUCUGCUGGAUGCCGUACGGCGUUGUCGCUAUGAUGGCCACCUUCGGCCGGCCGGGACUCAUCAGCCCCGUCGCCAGUGUCAUCCCGUCGAUCCUCGCCAAGAGCAGCACCGUCAUCAACCCCGUCAUCUACAUACUCAUGAACAAACAGUUCUAUCGCUGCUUCCUGAUCCUGCUCCACUGUAAACACCACCUGACGGAGAACGGACACUCCUCCCUCCCCUCAAAGACCACCAUGGUCCAGCUCCACCGCCGAGUCUGUGACGGCAGCCCCCUCGGCCUCUGCCCCGCCCCCGCUGUCACCAGACCCUGUGCGGUGGAGGCGGAGGGAACCAGCUCCGUGGCGUCCGACAAAACGGACCCGGCCGAGCCCCCUGACGUCUCCUCAUGAAGACAAUUAAAGAUGGACUGAAAGCUAAGGGGCAUGGCCAACAGACUCCCCCACCCCCUGUGGUGUCAUGUGACACGGUAGCCCCGCCUGCUGGAAACCUGUGACUGAUGUGCGCUCGAUGUGACUUUGAAUGUCGGUGAAGUGAUGUCACGCCGGAGAAGCUGGAGGCGGAGCCUGGACAGAAGUACAGAGGCCCAGCGGAACCAAUGAUCAGUCAGUUUAAUGAAAACAUCAGCUGUAAACACAAACAAUUAAAGUUUGAAUUAAAAAUCAAAGUCCCACA